AUGGUGGACAUUUCGGCCUCUGGAGAGCUUGACGUAGGUCGGCUCAGGUACAAUUUCGCGAACGCGACACAGUCCGAGAAAGAGACGGUCAUCAGGAACCACCUGCCACCCCCAGACCCACGCAGGCGGUUAAGGCUUGGACGAUCCUCCAUCGAGAAAGUCGACUUCGUCCUGGAGAAGCGUGAGCACUGGUCAGCCAUCAGGCUGCAGGAGUAUCGCAGGGACGAGAAGGCUCUGCGAUUGGGGCCUAGGAGGCCUCUUCCGAGCACGAGACGAGAUCUUCCAGAUCUGUCAGGAGAUUCUCAACCAGACACCGAGGAACCUGGUGACCAGUCUCCCUCAGCUACGCCACCCCUGAUCGACUUUGAACGGAGCCUUGAGGCAGCCCCAGGAAUACCGCUGAGGAAAGACUACAGGCAGCACGCUAAGGAUGUCUGCGUGCUUGUUCCGUUUCAGGAGGGAAAACAUGGCUUCGCACGAGAAGUAACAGAUCGUGUGGACGUUGAAGUGAUCAGGCUCUGGCUCAGUCGCUGUGAAAACAGGCACAAUCUCUGUUCUCAGCGGAUCUCGGACUCGUACCCACCCGGACUGAUCCUCAUCGAUGCGGUGAAAAUGUGCCUUGUUCCGGUAGCAUCGCACAAUCCGGUUCGCUACAUGGCGCUGAGCUAUGUGUGGGGAUAUAUUGCCCAGCCAAUUUUGACAAAAGCAGCCUUAGAAAAGUGGGUUUCAGAUGGUGAGCUGAAAGACGUUGAGAUCCCUCAGACUAUACGAGAGGCAAUCAUGCUGGUCCAGAUGAUCGGUUACCGGUACAUUUGGGUUGAUGCUCUGUGCAUCGUGCAGGACGAUGCAGCUUCCCGCCAUGCACAAAUCUCGCAGAUGCACGAGAUUUACCGACAUGCUGAUAUGACGAUCGUGGCCGCUGGCGGAGACAACUGCUCAGAAGGCCUGCCGGGUGUCACGCUUGCGAAGGACAGGGUGUACAAGCAUCGCCGAUAUGAAUUGCCUGGAUUGUGCUUGAUGAAGGCUCCAUCGAGCACCAAGCACAGCGUUGAAAUGUCGCCGUGGAGGACACGUGGAUGGACGUUUCAGGAGGAGCUAUGCUCACGCAGGACAUUGGUUCUUCUUCCUGAAGUCAUGUUCUUCUCAUGCGCUUCAGCUGUGUGGAGAGAAGACAUCCAACUAGAAGCUGAGGACACUCUCCCAAGGUCGGAAGAGGGACUGAUGUCGCUGGCCUCGGUGCUACACCAAAAGAAUCCUGGAAAUAACCUGGAUUUGCUUUUGCUCUUCAGGGACUUGGUGAAGAAAUACAUGCAGCGUACACUCAGCAGAACUGACGACAUGGAAAACGCAUUUGCUGGUGUCGCCGGCAUCCUUGAACCAGUGGUCGGUCCGGCAUAUCAUGGAAUCCUAGAGCGCAUGUUCGCCGAAGUGAUCCAGGGCUGCUGGUUCUGGGACACCAGCCUUCAGCGCCGGGCAGGUUUCCCUUCGUGGUCAUGGACAGGUUGGAUCUACCGCCGGGAACAAGCUGAUGUCGGCAUCCAGCCGUUGAGCACCGCCUCGGACAUGAGCAAAAUGCUGGCAUUCUACAAAAUUGGGCCCUCAGGCAUUCAAAUUCUCGGACAGUCAUGUCUGGCUGGGCAUAGAGGCGGUGGAUUCCUACCAGGGAUGGAUGUCGAAUUGCGAAGUCAUUUCAUUCCCAACGAAGACGACAUAAAAUCGAAGAACGAGUUAUUACUGAACCAAGGAGGGUUCUCGGGCGGGUUGAUUGCUUUUCACACGAGUAUUGCGCAUCUGAGACUUCGUACGCCACCGGGUGACUUCGUUGGUUCGUCGCGAGAGUAUCGUGUUUUCCAUCCUCAGACGAACCAGCAAAUCACAAGCAUACGUCUCAACGUCUCCUAUGUGGCUCAAAAAGGCACCAUGCUGCCGUUCAUCGUUGUUGAUUACGACCAGGAAAGGCGAUCUUUCCGACUCAUGCUUAUUUCUAUGGAAGGGAACACAGUCGAGAGGGUCAACGUCACAUCACAGGGCCGUCUCGUCAAAGAGAGUGACUGGAAAGACGCAAGUCCCAAGAGAGAGCUGGUUUUCAUGUCAUGA